CCCCCCCCCCCCCGCUGGAUAAACCACUGAUUUUACGGGGAAAAAAAUCUUUGUUUUCUUUAGUUUUGAUGAAAUGCAAAAGAAUUUAAAAUUAUUAAAUGAGCGUUUAUGUCAAAAAAUUCAAGAAUUUCAUGAUAGUCGUCAAGCUGAUCUUACUCGUUGUGUUGCUCGUCUUCAUACGGAAUUACAAUCCAUUGAUAAAUUUGUUGGAGAUUCAAAACAUUUACUUAUUGAUGUUAAUGUUCAGACUGAAGUAUUAUUACGUCUUAAACAACAAUUUCAAGAACCACGAAAACGAUUACCUAUUCUUUCUCGUGAUUUAAUUGAAUCAACUCCAUCUAUUCAAUUUGUAUCAUCAUCAUUUCAAAUGUUAAAUGAAGAAUUAGCUGGUACACUUGUUCUUGAUAAACCUAUUCAUGGAAAUUUAACUACAACUGGACCAUCAGCUAGUGGUGAUCAUGAUAGUCGAUUAUCUGCAUUAGCAUCAGGUUCUCGAACAGGUAAAAUGGAAAUUAUUGGACAAGAAGGUAGUGGAAAAUUAGAAUUUAAAUCACCAGCUGGUCUAACAAUCAAUGGUGAUGGACAUUUAGUAAUCGCUGAAAUUGAUAAUAAUCGUUUACAAAUUCUAACAAGAGAAUUUACACAUAUUCGAACUAUAAUUGGUUUUCGUGAACCACAUGAUGUUUAUUUUACUAAAGAUAAACGUUAUUUAAUAACUGAUAAUCAUAAAUUAAUUAUCUUAGAUGAAGAAUUUCAUAAAGUUGAAGUUAUUGGUUCAAAUAAAUCUGGCAAAGGACGAAAUAUGUUUAAUAAUCCAACUGGUAUAGCUAUUGAUAAUGAUGAUGAUGAAAUUAUAGUAUGUGAUACAAAUAAUGAUCGUUUAAUAAUUAUAUCUCGAGAUUAUAAAUGGAUACGAGAGAUUCAUACUGGUAUUGAAACAUCACCACGCUAUGUUUGUAUACGACAAAAUAUUUUAUAUGUAACAAGUGGUACCAAAGGUUGUGUUUUAACAUUUAAUAAACAUACAGAUCAACAAAUGAAUACAAUACCUGAAUUAACAUUAGGUUUAACAAUUGAUGCACCACGAUCUAUUCGAUAUGUACGAGAUCUUUUAUUUGUAACAUCAAGUUUAUCAAAAAGUAUUUUUGUAUUUACAAUUGAUGGAGAAUAUCGAGGUGAAUUAAGACAUGAAUUAUUUGCAAAACCAAUUGGUAUUCUUUUUAUUGAUGAUAGUCUUUAUGUGACUGAUAGUGAUAAACAUGCACUAUUUCAUUUUAGUGGUGUUCUUCAAUAA